GCUUUCCCUCUAGAGUUCCUGCGUUAUAACGAAUCCGCGUCGAAAAGUCUAAGGGCUAUUUGACAUCGCCUCUCCCACGUGUUCUCUUCCAUCCAGCGGCUGCGGCGCCCGCCCUGACCCAGACCCUCCGCCCCUAGACUGGACUGGCAGCGCAGCCCCCCACCCUCGCACUGGUGUCGGAUGCGAGAGCCUGUGCUUAAGUAAGAAAUCAGGCUUCAUUGGAGACAUUCAAGCAAAGGUUGGACAACUAAUUUUCCAGAACAAAAAGGAAACUCAUGCAUCAGAAAAGCAUCAUUCUUUGGAGAUUCCUCCAAUUUGUGUGCAUCAAUAACUCAUUCCUUUUUUGAAAUCUUGCCAAUUGGAACGACAUGGAUGGACCUAGAGUGAAUUUUGCUAACUGAAGUGACUAAUAAACAUAUCAAAAGAAUAUGGCUGCACAAAUACCAGAAUCUGAUCAGAUAAAACAGUUUAAAGAAUUUCUUGGAACCUACAAUAAACUUACAGAAACCUGCUUUUUGGACUGCGUUAAAGACUUCACAACAAGAGAAGUAAAACCUGAAGAGACCACCUGUUCAGAACAUUGCUUACAGAAAUAUUUAAAAAUGACACAAAGAAUAUCCAUGAGAUUUCAGGAAUAUCAUAUUCAGCAGAAUGAAGCCCUGGCAGCCAAAGCAGGACUCCUUGGCCAACCACGAUAGAGGAGUCCUGAUGGCUGGACUUUAGAUGAAACAUUGCCAGCAGCUGUUGUGAUGGAAAUGAGGAUUCAUCUGAUGGAAUCCCCUGAAAGCAGUAGCCACCAUGUUAAACUGUCAUGACUGUCUGGCAAGUGGGAAACAACUAGAGAAACAAAAUUGCUAUUUACCAUGAAUAAUCAAAAUAGAAGGUCUUAUUGUUCAAUCAAAAUAAUAAGAUGCAACAUUUGUUGAGGCCUUAAGAUUCAGCAGCUUGGUAACUUCAUUAGAUAAAUAAACCAUUGUUUCUUCAAUUGUGACUGUUAAUUUUAAAAGCAAAAUAAUGUGUUCAAUCAUGUAUGAGAUAGAAAAAAUUUUUUAUUACUAAAAGUAAAAUAAAUGGAAAUAUCACUGA